AUGGACAUAAUUAUUUAUCCUAACCCAAUUCCACAAGAACUUGCUAAAAUAAUUACAAAAGCAUGGAAUCAUGAACCUUCUCAACGUCCAAAGGUCAUGGAGAUGCUAUCAGAUGUCAAGAACCUUUAUGAUCAUUAUGCUCCUAAGGGGACUUCUCCAAAAGUAUGUCCUAAAGGUAAUAGUGAUGAUAUUCCUGGUUUUGAUCUUACAUCAGCAAUAAACAACAAUCAAAGAUCAAAUAACAACAAUAGAGAAAGUACUUAUUUACCUGAAGAUUGUGAAACACUUACUUUGGAUAAUAUUACUACCAUCCCUAAAAAUACAAAAAUAUACAGAAACAUAUAG